AAAAAAGGGACAAGACCGUCGCAAGUGUGAUCAGGACCUCUGCAUUGGAUCAUUUGUGCUGCUCCUCGGUCAGUAAUGUCAGCUGACUGCGACAGCGGAGCAAGACUCUGCCAGUUCAAAAACAAGGGUAAAGACACAAAUGAGCUCAGGCGCAGGAGAGCGGAAGUUAGCGUGGAGCUCCGGAAAGCUAAAAAGGAUGAGCAGAUAUUAAAGAGGAGGAAUGUGGAGAGCCCUGUGGAUGAACAUGUGGAGGAGCAAGACUCAAAUGGACAGACAACUCAAUGGUCAGUUGAAAAAAUUUUGGAAGGCAUGCAUAGUGAAAGCCUACCUUAUCAACUGCAGGCAACACAAGCUGCUCGAAAACUUAUUUCAAGAGGAAAGAAUCCUCCAAUUGACAGCAUAAUUGAAGCUGGCCUUAUACCCAGAUUUGUUUAUUUUCUUUCAUUAUCUGAAUGUGCUCCAAUUCAGUUUGAGGCCGCAUGGGCUCUCACAAACAUUGCCUCUGGGACUUCAGAACAAACCAAGGCUGUUGUGGAAGGAGGGGCCAUUACAGCAUUUAUUAAUCUGGUGUCAUCACCACACCCACACAUCAGUGAACAAGCCAUCUGGGCUUUGGGGAACAUUGCAGGCGAUGGACCUAAUUUCAGAGACCUUGUGAUAAAACACAAAGGUCUACAGCCUCUGCUGAUUUUGGUGACUACGAAUGAUCUCUCUGUCUACCCAACUGCUUACCUGCGAAACCUCACCUGGACUCUAUCCAACCUUUGCCGGAAUAAGGACCCUGCCCCUCCGUUGGAAGCAGUGGUGCAGUUGCUUCCAGGGCUCCUCCACCUGCUCCAUAGCACUGACAAAGAGGUGCUGGCGGACACCUGCUGGGCUGUGUCCUACCUGACGGACGGCUCCAAUGAGAGGAUAGAGUUGGUGGUGCGUGCUGGGCUGGUGCCCCACCUGGUCCGGCUUUUAGCUUGUGGAGAAAAUACCAUUGUGACACCUGCUUUGCGGUCACUCGGCAACAUUGUGACGGGGACAGAUGAGCAAACCCAGAGUGUGCUGAAUGCAGGUGCCCUGGCCCUAUUCCCUCAAUUACUCCGCCACCCCAGGCAUAACAUCCAAAAAGAAGCUGCAUGGACAGUGUCUAACAUCACUGCCGGCAAGCACAGCCAGAUCCAGGAGGUUAUAGAUGCCGGCCUCAUACCCAUUCUUGUAGAAAUUCUCAGACAUGGAGAGUACAAAACACAGAAGGAGGCGGUGUGGGCAAUCACUAAUUUUACAAGUGGAGGAACUGUGGAACAAGUGGGUUACCUUGUCAAUUGUCAUGUGCUGCCAUCGUUGGUUCGACUGUUGUCUACAAAAGAGAGCAAAAUAAUUUUGAUCAUCUUGGAUGCUAUCUGUAAAAUUUUACAGAUGGCAGCGAAAACAGGGGAGAGCGACAAGCUCUAUUUGAUGUUUGAGGAGGUUGGUGGGCUUGAAAAGCUUGAAGCACUGCAAUACCAUGACAACGAGGCAGUCUACAAAUCAUCCCUUGACAUAAUCAAUCGCUUUUUCUCUCUAGAGAAUGAAGAUGACAUGUCUCUGGGCCCUGAGGCAACAACAGAUGGCUAUGAUUUCCAGGCACCUCAAAACCAAGGCACUUUCAAAUUUUAACAGUCACUACUACCCUCUUUUAUAAUGAUGACAAGUGUAAUUGGUAUCUUGUUUGUAUUUUUACUAUUGGAAUAUUAUUUGUUUACAUUAUACUAAUUCCAAAUAAAUGUUAAAUG